UGUGUGUGUGUGUGUGUGUGUGUGUGUGUGUGUGUUCUUUUGUAAAUAGAUGAUAAGUCCGAACACUUUAUUGUGAUAGAUUUCCGAUUAGUUUCCGCCUUUCAACCAGACUAACAACUUCCUGUUGGGGUACAUCACCAUGGUGCCUUCACCUGCAAUCGUAGGCGCUCCACAGCAUCUUAUAGGAAAUAAGAAAUCCUAAUGAUCCAUCAGUUCUCUGUAAAAUAAAAGCAGCAUUCCCAGAAAGUCACAUAAACCUUAGAGAGUAGAAAUGUCUGUUUUACACACAAGUCUUUGUGUUUUCCUCUGAUGAACAGAAGUUGAUCCUUAUGAUCAGCUUCAUUCCUUGCUUUUGUUCCACCAUACCACAGCAGGGCAACUUGUUGACUGUAUAUAAAGUUCCUCCAUGCUGUCGGACCACAGAUGUCACUGCAGGCUUUUUCUAAAGGAAAACGUCUUCUUUCAGCUGCUCCCUCUUGGCGUCUCCACAGCACAUCAUCUGCCUCCAUCUCCCCCGUUCCAGCAUCCUCCUUCCUCACAUCAGCCCUCUGCGUGUCCUUCACUGCAUCCAUGAAUCUUUCCCAUAGGAAACAUUAUUUUCUCCUGAUUCUUAUACUCUCCCCAAGCACUGAAACUUUGAUGCAACAUGCCUUAUUCACACCCAUUCACACUUUUUCUAUGCAGUGGUGCUUUCUUUCUAGCGUCCACACUCUGAUGGAUGCAUCAGAGACUGUUUACCACCGGGGUUAGUAUCUUGGCCAAAGUUACUACAGCUUUGCAUCGACUUCUUUACAGCGGCUCUCACUUCCUCCGCCUUCCUCUACACUUCCUGAUUCAUCCUCCUCUCCAAUUGUCUUCCUUAAUCAGCUCCUCCGGGAGCCUUUUUCAGCCCCCUUUACUUGUUAGUACGCUUCCAUCUGCACAUCCUUUCCAAAUCUGCCUAUCGACAAAUGUCCGUCUCUCCUUGCUUUGUAAAUAAAAUGGCUAAGAAUAGAUGAUUUUGUGGAAAUCCACCACUGAAAUAAUUCUGGUCACAUCUCAGUGAUCACGUCUCUGCCUCAGAGUGUCACUGCUGAGCUCUCUCCUCAUUUCACAACUGAAAACAGUUUCGGUUUCAUUUCUACGUAGAGCUGCGGCUCGUUUUUCUGGCUACAAGGUAUUUAAAAGUCUUCUUUUACCGAGCACCACUCAUAACGUAACAAUGUUGAAUGUACAUUUGAGCUUGUAUGUAAAAUGUGCAACAGCUGAACAGGUAAGAGGGCAGAUACAGUCAGCAGGGAGUGGGCCUAACUGCGGGCCCAGCGUCGUUUCAUUGGUUUCAUAGUUUAUAUAAUACAUUUCCAUCUGCAGUGUUUAAUCACAUAACAUGCUUUGCGCUAUCAAGCUAUGAGUAAUAUCGGGCCAAUGGCACAGUGUGGAGUAUAACAGCUCACAGCAUAGGAUGCAAAUAUCUAAUGGAAGUAGAUGGCGUCCUGCGUAUUUGACUGUUGUGCAUCUUCAUUCUACUGGAUAUAGUUUAUCUGAUGUCGGUAUGUUUUAAUAUGACUCUAUUUCUGCAUGAUCAAAGUCGACUUUGAUCAUGCUCCCGUUCUGUGGGUCCAGGUGAAAUACAGAAACUAGCUGCUGCUGAGCUGUGUGAGUGAACAGGUGAUGACAUGAGCUUGGGCGCUAACUUUAUUAUCCAGCACAGUGUCGUGUUCGUAACUGAGCUGCCCAGCAUUCAUGUUGUUGUGUGUGUUCAUGUGUUAAGACACUGUGGUCCACUCAGCCAUGAGUCAGUGUGGAGACACAGAGGAGGGGGGCACACCAUCUAAACGUGCCAAGAGCAUGGAAGACUGCCUGGGCAAUGAAGCUACGGGGAUGCCGAAGCAGUUAGCAGGCUCUCCUCUGUCCAGCUCUAUGUCCAUGAAAAGUGACUGGUCUAUGGACCCGCCUUUAAAUUUCAAAGAAGGGAACCUCUCUGUUGACAAAAGAGUCGGGCAACAAAAGUCUGAGGUUCAUAGCUGUCAGUCUGCUCAGCAGCAUCAAACAACGUUGGACUCAGUUUUUAUGCUGCUUGAAGAGAACAUCAUCACUUUUGUGAAGAAUGAGCUUAAAAGGUUUCAGAGGAUUCUGCAGAGUUCCACCUGCCCAGAGAAGGACAGCGAGGAUGAGGAUGUGUUAGCUUCUAAGGCUGAAGAGCAGACAUGGAGCACCAGGGAGGCUUUUGUGAAGAUCACACUGGACUUUCUGAGGGGGAUGAACCAGGAGGAACUGGCUGUCUGUUUGCAGAGCAGAGUGGGUGCAUCCAUUUGCCAGGAUAAACUCAAAUUAAAUCUUAGAAGGAAGUUCCAGCAUUUGUUUGAGGGAAUUACUAAAGUAGGAAACCCAACACCUCUCAAUCAGAUCUACACAGAGCUGUACAUCACAGAGGGAGGGACCGGAGAGGUCAGUGACGAACAUGAGGUCAGACAGAUCGAAACAGCAUCUAGACGACAUGCGAGAUUAGAAAAGACAAUCGCCUGUAAAGACAUAUUUCAGCCGCUGCUGGGAAGAGAUCAACCAGUCAGAACAGUGCUGACAAAGGGAGUGGCUGGUAUUGGGAAAACGAUAUUAACACAAAAGUUCACUCUAGACUGGGCAGAAGGCAAAAACAACCAAGAUAUCCAGUUUACAUUUCCAUUCACUUUCAGGGAGCUAAAUGGAUUAAAGGAGGAAAAGUUCAGCUUGGUAGAACUCGUUCAUCUCUUCUUCUCUGAAACAAAGGAUGCAGAAUUUUGCAGAUUUGAAGACUUCCAGGUUGUGUUUAUCUUUGACGGUCUAGAUGAGUGUCGCCUUCCUCUGGACUUUCAAAAUAAUAAGAUCCUAACUGAUGUCACAGAGUCCACCUCAGUGGAUGCACUGAUGACAAACCUUAUCAGAGGAAAACUCCUUCCAUCUGCUCGACUCUGGAUAACCACGCGGCCUGCAAUGGCCAGUCAUAUUGAUCCUAAAUGUGUUGACGUAAUAACAGAAAUCAGAGGGUUCACUGACUCGAAGAAGGAGGAGUACUUCAGGAAGAGUUUCAGGAAUGAAAAGCAGGCCAGCAGGAUAAUUUCCCACAUUAAAGCAUCACAAAGCCUCCACAUCAUGUGCCACAUCCCAGUCUUCUGCUGGAUCACUGCUACGGUUCUGGAGGAUGUGCUGAAAACCAAGAAGGGAGGAGAGCUGCCCAAGAACCUGACAGAGCUGUACAUCCACUUCCUGGUGGUUCAGGCCAAAAUGAAAAAGGUCAAGUAUGAUGGAGGAGCUGAGACAGAUCCACACUGGAGUCCAGAGAGCAGGAAGAUGAUUGAAUCUCUGGGAAAACUGGCUUUUGAUCAGCUGCAGAAAGGAAACCCAAUCUUCUAUGAAUCAGACCUGACAGAGUGUGGCAUCGAUAUCAGAGCAGCCUCAGUGUACUCAGGAGUGUUCACACAGAUCUUUAAAGAGGAGCGAGGACUGUACCAGGACAAGGUGUUCUGCUUCAUCCAUUUGAGUGUUCAGGAGUUUCUGGCUGCUCUUCACGUCCAUCUGACCUUCAUCAACUCUGGAAUCAACCUGCUGGAAGAGGAGCAAACAACCACUCAGAUGUCAAAGCCUAAUCAAUAUGAACUGAAACUCUUCUACCAGAGUGCCGUGGAACAGGCCUUACAAAGUCCAAAUGGUUACUUGGACUUGUUUCUACGUUUCCUUUUGGGUUUGUCACUGCAGUCCAAUCAGACUCUCCUACAAGGACUACUCAAAGAGACAGGCGUAAACUCACAGAUAAACCAGGAAGUAGCCAAGUACAUCAGGGAGAACAUUGGGGAGAAUCUGUCCCCAGAGAGAAGCAUUAACCUGUUCCACUGUCUGAAUGAGCUGAACGACCACUCUCUAGUGGAAAGGAUCCAACAGUCGUUGACAUCAGGAAAUCUUUUCACGGUUAAACUAUCCCCUGCUCAGUGGUCUGCUUUGGUCUUCAUCUUACUGUCUUCAGAAAAAGAUUUGAAUGAGUUUGACCUGAGGAAGUACUCUGCUUCUGAAGAAGGUCUUAUGUGGCUGCUGCCAGUGGUCAAAGCUUCCAGUAAAUCUCUGAUGAUUGGAUGUAACCUUUUGAGCAGAAGCUGUAAAGCACUGUCCUCUGUUCUUAACAAGUCCUCUAGUUUAAAAGAGCUGGACCUGAGUUACAACAACCUGCAUGAUUCAGGCAUAAGGACAAUGUUUGCAGAUCUGGAGAAAAACUUUAAACUUGAGGUUCUCAGGCUAAAUGGCUGCGAGCUUUCAUGGAGAAGCUGUAAAACUCUCUCCAGAGUUCUCAGCAGUCAGUCCUCCACUCUGGAAGUGCUGGAUCUAAAUAAUAAUGAGUUGACGGAUUUAGCAGUCACGUAUCUCUUCACGCCACUUGAGAGUCAACUGUGUACACUGAAGAUUGUCAGGCUGGGUGGCUGUAGCCUGUCGAAUGAAAGCUGUGAAGCUCUUGCUUCAGUCCUCAGUUGCCAGUCAUUCAGUAUGAUAGAGCUGGACCUGAACAAUAAUGACCUGCAGGACUCAGGAGUGGCGCUGCUGUCUUGUGGAUUGAAAAGUCCUCAGUGCAAACUUGAAACUCUCAGCUUGUCAGGCUGUCUGAUAACAAAGAAGGGUUGUGCUUCGUUGAGCUCAGCACUGAGUUCAAACCCUUCUCAUCUAAGAAAGCUGGAUCUGAGUUAUAAUCACCCAGGACCCACAGGAGUGACGCUCUUCUCUGCUGCACUGCAGGAUCCACACUGCAGAUUGGACUCUCUAAGGCUGGACAGCUGCGGAGCUCAACGAUUGAAACCAGGACUGAGGAAAUACGCCUGUGAACUCAAAAUGGACCCGAACACAGUACACAGGAACCUUUACCUGUCAGAAAACAACAUUGUGACAGAUGACGACGAGGAAUGGCUGUAUCCAGAUCACUCUGAGAGGUUUGAGUGCUGGUACCAGCUGAUGUGUACACGUGGCCUGACUGGUCACUGUUACUGGGAGGUGGACUGGAGUGGGCUGGUAUCUAUAGGAGUGACUUACAGAGGGAUUAAAAGGAGUGGUCCUGGUAUUGACAGUCGUAUUGGUGGGAACAACAUCUCCUGGAGUCUGGACUGUUCUGCUGACAAUUAUUCUGCAUGGCAUAAUAACUCAGUCCGGAUCAUAGAUAGCCCUGCUCCCUCCACUGAAACGAACAGAGUGGGAGUGUAUUUGGACUGGUCUGCUGGCACUGUAUCCUUCUACAGAAUCAUUUUUGAUACACCAACACACAUCCACACGUUCCACUGCAGCUUCACCGAACCUCUUUAUCCUAUCUUCAGGAUACGGUCAGAGUUCACCUAUGGUGUUUACAACUCUGUGUCUCUAUGUCAGAUGGAUGCAGAAGACUAGAGACAAACUGCUUUCCUUACACGUUUAUUUGAAGCAUUUUAUAAUUUGAAGAUAACUGACAAAUAUGGACUAUAAUGGACUAUAACAGACACAAAGUUUUACAUCUUGGUUUGGCAGCUGCAAGUCCUGUAAGAAGCAACAACUGAAUAGGAUUGUUAAGACUGCCAGGAGGAUUGUUGGUGCCCCUCUCUCGCCUCUGGAGGAGAUCUACAAACAGGGCCGCAUACACAGAGCUAUCUCCAUCAUCAGAGACCCCCACCACCCGUCUCAUGGCCUGUUUUUCCUCCUGCCGUCUGGCAAGAGGUACAGGAGCAUCAGCUGCAGAACCACCAGGAUGCUGGAAGGCUUCUUUGCACAAGCUGUGAGACUGAUAAAUGGACUGUGCCCCCUCCCCAUCCACUCAGCUACUCACACAGCUACACUGUAAGAUCCACAAUCGGACUGUGAUGCCCCCUAUCUGCACACACACACACACACACACACACACACACACACACACACACACACACACACACACACAAUAUACUCCCCAGAUACACACACUACUUACUUUAACAACCCCCUUCUGUGAAAGGGCUGCUGCUACCUGUAUGAGUGUGACUGUUUAGACUUGUGUUUGUUUUAGAAUUUAGAUUUUAUGUUCUUUAUCCCCAUUUAUUGUUACGAUUUUUUACUGCUCUUUUUAAAACUUUUUCUUUUUUAAAUUGUAUUGACUAUUGCACUGUAGAGGCUGGUGAGAAACAGUAUUUCAGCCUGGGUAACACCAAUGACAAUAAACGUGAAACUAAUAGACUAUAAAGAUGGAAAAUUAAGGAGAAGAGCAUUACAGGACAUCCAGGCCUUUAUACGUUUAAUACAUGCCUGUACUGCUGUUUGUAUCACUUGGCUUCAUGUAUAAAUAAAGAGAAGGGUAUUAUCUGCACUGUUUUCAAUGAUACAGCCUAAGGGAAUCAUGUAUGCUAUAAAAACUGUUGGUCGCAGCAGAGAACCUAGUGAAACUUCACACCAACUCUUUUGAAGAAGAGGACUCCCUAUUUACAUGAAUAAACUGUAAAUUAUCAGAUCGUUAUGAUUCACUCAUGUGUAGCUUAAAUGCUGAAAUAAAUCUGUCUUGGACCAUUGUCAGAGCUGUUUGUUGCUGUACGUCUUAUUUGCUAAAUGCAACAAAAUAUGGUAUUACUCUAAUGACAUGGCAAAAUUAAAAUACUAAAUAAUCAUUUUUAAAAAUCCAUUGCAGAGAAGUUACAUUUGGUCAAAGAUUUAAAUUAUUUCCACUUAUUAGUGAUACCAGUAGGCUCAUAAGUCAUAUUCCUAAACCUUACAGUGAAGGCUGUGUCAUCUCAUUGUAAGGCUUAAGAACGUGACACAUCAGCUUAUUGAUAUUUCUAAUAAAAUACAUUAUUUUGGUAGGUCGCUGACCCCUGCUGUCUCAGUCUGCUUUGCCACUGAUGCAGUGGACAAACAUGACAGGCAGGGGGCGCUGAGGUAGAACUUGAAAGAAGCCGUCUCAUUUGUUAAACAUUUUAACAACAAUAAAAAGAUGCACAUUUAACACGAUCAUUUCAAUUGGUUACAUUCAAAGGUUGGAAUUUACCUUUAAAACAAGGAAAUAAAACUAAGGUUACAACGUCACCAAAGCUGUGCGUUACAGAGCUGAUUCAGUCACAGUCGUCAUAAGUUUUAUUUCCUGUUGAAAUUAAGUCAGAGCAGACAAACACGGGCUGAUCCCGACAUCGACGACAAACUGCUCGUCGUAUUCAUUAUUUUGAAAGGUUUGACCGGAACAGCCUUCUUGACCGUGGUUAACCCGGUGCGGGUAUGACGUGAGUGCAUCGUUUGUGGAGUGUUUGGCUAACCCUCACUCGGGGCACAGAGUGUAACUCUGCCGGUGGAGGGGGCUUUUUCUACCGUCAGGCUAGCCGAGAGCCGUCGGAGCGGAGGUACACCGGGGAAAGACGACGAGACGGGUCCAGGUGCCGUUUACCGUCCAACAAACCCGGGAUCGUUUGUGUUGCAGUGGCGCUUUCCUGGUGUUUCCUGUGGUAAACGCGUGUGCUCUGAUGUUUCACGGUAAGUUGGUGCGAAGCCCCGGUGCCUGUGCUCCUCCACCAUGCCAGACUCCACUUUAAAAUCUUCCCAUUUUAGGAGCGCUUGUUGUAGCACAAGAAGUUCACGCGCGUGGCGCAGGAGACAUGAAAGUCUGCCUGUUUACGGCUCUUCUCGGAUGUUCCCAGUGGUUCACAGCUGGAGGGGUUUAUUCGCCGAGCUAACACUGAACGACUUCUUUACUGAGCACGUUUACAGACGGACGACGUCCGUGGCUGGUUUGUGACACAAGGAUCACAGCAGGCGUGAAAGGCAGGGUUUGCAUGUAGGUGCUGAGCUCUGCUGUGAUGUGUGGUUUGGACAAAGAGACUGAAGAUGCUCACGUUUUCACUGGGCGUGAUGGACAGGGUUGGAGGCAGAGAGGGUUUGGACAUGUGCAGUGGAGGGACACCGAGCUGCUGGUGACUCUUACAGAGAACAGCA